AUAAGGCUGUGAAAACAUCUCCAGGCCAUGAUCCUGUCUUCCAUUCUCCUCACGGAUCAAACUCAAGAUGAAUCUGUUUCUAGCGUUUGUCACCGUAGGAGUGGUCGCCGUGGCCAGCUACGACCUCCGGGAAAUACAUAAGACACCCGGUGUGCAGUCUGUCGAGAGAGUCAUUGAGCGCGGCCAGGAGAUUACAGGUUUAGAUGAACUUAGUGAGUUACUCGGCCUGCCAUCCGACGUCUCCCUCAAAGUUAAAACUUCAAAACUGAGGUCCAAAACAGCCGAGUACACCAGAGACACGGUCAAGGCGACGGACCCAGUGGCGAAACAACUCUUUGGAAAAAUCAAGACGAAAGAUCUUAAAGAGUGCUCCUUCUCUAAACAGAUCUACAUAAACAUCGAGACCGGAGAACCCAGUCUUGCAUACUAUGGAAAAUGUCUAAUUGAUAUUGCACUCAGUGACAAAGCCUAUGUUCGCACACCACGAGUGAUUAUUGACGCCAAUACCUUGAGUGUGCUUGACGGUAGCAUCGAGCUGAGACGCCACAGCGGUAUUGCCAAGCGAGACGCUGACGGCUCAAAAAAAGAGUGCCCAGCAGCUGCAGGUGGCAAUGGAAAGAUCCAUGGUCCUUCUUAUGGUCCCGGACCUAACGAGGCCUGCCUGAACGUUAAGGUCGACGGUGACGUAUGCUCCCUCCAAAGUGACAGAAUCAUUGUCAAGACUGUCAAGAACCAGUAUAACAGGGAACUCGCUGAGGUGGUGACAUUCAAUUGUGCUGACGGACUCGGCGACGCCAUCAACGGCGCCUCCUCCCCAUCAGCUGAUGCCUUUUUUUACGGUCAAAGGUUCUACGACUUGAUGUUUGACUGGGCUGGAGUUGAAAACAUCGCCAACGAGCCCCAUGUGCUGAAUGUCCACUAUGGAAUUAACUACAACAACGCUUUCUGGGAUGGCUUCACCAGCUCAUUUGGAGAUGGAACAGAAACUCUUUACCCUUUCACCGUUAGAGAGGUUAUUGGACACGAGCUGUGCCACGCCUUCACCGACUCCCUCAACAACUUGAUGUUCGACGCUGAAUCGAUUGCCAUUGAUGAAUCUUAUUCCGACAUCUGUGGAAAAGCUCUCUCCGUCUUCUCUGAGGGUGAUGUUGGCGGCUGGAAAUUUGGCGCUAAUCUGAAAAAAGAGAAUGGAGAGGUACUCCGCCACUUUGACACCCCUAACGCGGACGGUUCCAACAUCGGUAACGUCAACGACUUCAACCCAGACUCCCCAGAGACAACUUCCAAGGGCCAGGGUGUCUUCAACAAGAUGUUCUACGAGCUGGUGGAGAACCAGAAAGUUGCUUUCCGUGUAGUCUUUGAGCUGAUCACACAUGCCAACUUGAUUUACUGGCAAGAGCAAACUUCCUUCUUGGAUGGAUCCUGUGGUGUUCUCAGGGCAGCGGGCGACAUCGGCGUGGACACAGAUGCUGUGAAAAAUGCUUUCUCCGCUGUGGGCAUUGACUUGAAGUUCUGCGAUCUAGAAGGCACCAAGGAUGAGAUUAACGGAUUCUCUGUGGAGGUAACAGGAGGACAAACAGGUAUCACUGUUUCGCUGUUGAACGCAGACGAUGAAGAAAUCACCAGUGGCGUCAACAGCCUGGAAUACAAAUGUUCUGGAUCCGUGACCCUGCAGCUGUCCAACAUGGAGGACUGUGACAGCAAUGUCGUCCUCUAUGUAAACUUUAACUAAAAUACACUGACCUGGCCGUAGUCUACUGCGGAUCUCUUGUAUGCUGCUCACUCAGUACACAAGUGGCUGUGAUUGCAACGAGACAACUGUCCUGGUCAGUUCUUCUUUAUUGUAUAUAUUUCUCAUUUUACGCAUUGUUCAGACCUUUUCCCUUAAAAAAUCUAAUGAGCAAAUUGAAAUACCAAAUACAGUGUGUGAUAAAUGAGCAUACGUCUGGCAGUGCUUGUUUUUGGAGCGUUUAUACUUCAUUUGUAACUAUAUGACCAGUGAAAAUAAUAACAACUUCAAAUAAAAUGACUUUAGGACAAACACGUUGUAACUACAGAUACAGCAAAGGUAGCCAAGCAUCCAGAGAUCUUGAGUAGCAACAUUAAAUAAUUGAUGAAGUGAAUAUUCUUGUGCAUAAUGUAUUUCAUUUGAGUGGUAUUGUACACAUAUUACAUCUUUCAUAUAAAUAAGGUACUCAAUGUUCUUUUGAAAUGUAUAUUUUGUGGAUGGAGCAUUUGUUGUAUGUAAACCAAUGAAAUAAACAAUAACAAAGCAUCUAA